AUGGCGAAGUUAUCACAGCAAAACCAGAAGAGAAAUGCAAAUGAUAGUAACAGUAAUGCCUAUCCAUUGAAGAAGGUGAAACGAACGAGGAAAACUGUUCCCAGAGACUCCCCUCCUCAACGUAGCUCGAUUUAUAGAGGGGUCACAAGGCACCGGUGGACAGGUAGAUAUGAAGCACAUUUGUGGGAUAAGAAUUGCUGGAAUGAAUCACAGAACAAGAAAGGCAGACAAGGUGCCUACAAUGACGAAGACGCGGCUGCACAUGCCUAUGAUUUGGCUGCAUUAAAAUACUGGGGUCAAGAUACAAUACUGAAUUUUCCGCUCUCCACAUACCUGAACGAGCUGAAAGAAAUGGAGGGUCAGUCCAGAGAAGAAUAUAUUGGAUCUCUCAGAAGGAAAAGCAACGGUUUCUCUCGAGGAGUGUCAAAGUAUAGAGGAGUUGCAAGACAUCAUCACAAUGGAAGAUGGGAAGCUCGGAUUGGAAGAGUUUUCGGCAAUAAGUACCUUUAUCUUGGGACAUAUGCUACCCAAGAAGAGGCUGCAGUUGCAUACGACAUGGCAGCCAUAGAGUACCGUGGACUUAACGCCGUCACCAACUUUGAUCUUAGCCGUUACAUAAAAUGGCUAAAACCUACCAACAACAAUACCGUUGAGCCAAUCCCUAAUGUUAACACUGAUUCCACACCAACCCCUAAUCAUGACCUUGGAUCACUAAACUCCCUCCUCCACCACCAACCACCAUCAAACACCGUCGGCGAUGUCACUCUAAAUCAGUCAAGGCCAACAACAGCCACUUCGGCCCUCGGACUUCUACUUCAAUCAUCAAAGUUCAAGGAAAUGAUGGAGAUGACCACCACGGCCGAAUGUUCUUCAACAGAACCAUUGGAAUUUUAUCAACCACAAUGUAGCUUCCCUAGUGAUAUCCAAACAUUCUUCGAGUCUCAGGACUUCACUAGCUAUGUUGAAGGAGAUGAUGCUAUCUUUGGGGAGCUUAACGCAUUCAUGCAACCUAUGUUGCAAAAUGUCUUUGACUCCUAG